CUGUUAAACGACUUUUGGACUUUCUUGCUCGUUGGCAGUUGAAUAUAAGCACACAAACCCAAAAUGUUUGCCGUCAACACCCGCAAUAUAAUGCGCAGCGGUUUUAUACAGCGAUUCAAGAGUACCCUCGUUGUUGCAGAGCACAACAAUGAAGUGCUUAAUCCCAUUACCUUAAACGCUAUUACGGCGGCCCAGAAGAUCGGUGACGUCACAGUACUGGUAGCAGGCACUAAGUGUGGACCUGCUUCAGAAGCUGUGGCAAAAGUUGCGGGCGUUGCCAAGGUUUUGGUUGCAGAAAAUGCCGCUUUCAAAGGAUUUACUGCCGAAUCGCUGACUCCGCUGAUCCUCGCCGCCCAGUCGCAGUUUAAAUUUACGCACAUUCUGGCCGGUGCGUCGGCAUUUGGGAAAAAUGUAUUGCCCCGCGUUGCCGCUAAACUAGACGUUUCUCCCAUAUCGGAAAUUAUCGAUAUCAAAUCGGAGGAUACCUUUGUUCGCACUAUCUAUGCAGGCAACGCCAUCUUAACUCUUAAGUCCAAGGACCCUGUGAAGGUUAUUACUGUACGUGGCACAAACUUUCCACCAGCCGCCACCACUGGUGGAAGUGGCACCGUAGAACAAGCACCCACAGGAGAUUAUGCCAGCAGCUUGAGUGAAUUCGUCUCGCAGGAACUGACCAAAUCGGACCGACCAGAGUUGACGGGCGCCAAGGUCAUUGUAUCAGGUGGUCGCGGCCUCAAGUCAGGGGACAACUUUAAGCUUCUUUACGAUCUGGCUGAUAAGUUCGGUGGAGCUGUGGGCGCUUCGCGCGCUGCUGUUGAUGCUGGCUUCGUGCCAAACGACUUGCAAAUUGGGCAAACUGGUAAAAUUGUAGCUCCAGAACUGUACAUUGCUGUUGGUAUCUCCGGCGCAAUUCAACAUUUGGCUGGUAUGAAGGACUCAAAGACUAUUGUUGCAAUCAACAAGGACCCGGAGGCGCCCAUUUUCCAAGUAGCCGAUGUCGGUCUUGUAGCAGAUCUGUUCAAGGCCGUACCCGAAUUAACGGGCAAGUUGUAAAUGUGAAAUCGAAGGAACAUCUAGUAUAUAAAGUACUCGAUACUGUACAACUUAUGAACAUAAUUCUUGCAUUUAUUUGUUUUUUAAUCUGCUCCCAACCCCGUUGGUCACUUCGCCCAGCCAAUGGUUGGAUGCGCUUCCAUAGUUGUUUUCUCCGUCUAUUUUUAUAAUAAAAUUAAGAUGUAUAUCUAACA